AUGACAAUGAAAGUUAGGAGGUUUUUGAAGUCACUAGCCUGCUACUGGGGAAGCUUUUCCAGAUUAUGCCUUCUCCUUGGAGUUUUCCUUCUAUGGUUUGCUAUUAUCUGGAAGCAAAACAAAGAGAAGUGCACCUAUCAGAAGAUGGAAGAACCUGAAUUCGUGGAUACAAAUGGAAAGAAGACGUUCAGCCCGGAGGAAAUUAUCUGGAAGAUACCACUGAAUUCAAAUUUCAGUGUUGUGAGAAAUACAAUGGGUCCUUUACCAAUUCUGUAUGAAUAUCUCGUGGGAUCGCCUUCCUCUAAAAAGAGAUUCUUGACCAUUGGAAUCUCUUCUGUCUACAAAGAAAAGGGGCAGCACUUACUGAAGACAAUCAAGUCCAUCUUCAGCCACUGCUCCCCUGAAGAAUUGCAGCUGUUCACCCUAGUUAUAUAUCUUGCCAGUAAUAAUGCUCAGAUGAAUGAGCAGAUUGCAAAAGAAAUUGAGACUGAGUUUAGCAUACAUGCCCGUGGAGGAAGGCUUCUCGUUAUACAAAGCUCGCUAGCCAGUUACCCCCCUCUAAGCAAGCGGAAAGAUUCCUGGUACAAUGAGGAAAAGGGUGGGACUCAAGCCAAACAGAAUGUGGACUAUGCUUAUCUAGUUAACUUCUGUGCCAGUCUCUCUCUGUAUUAUCUGAUGCUGGAAGAUGAUAUUGUCUGUGCCUCCAAUUUUGUUUCCAUUAUACAAAGAUACAUAAAGGGCCUGAAGAGGUCUUGGACCACAAUAGCGUUUUCAAGGCUGGGCUACAUAGGGAAACUCUACCAUAACUCUGAUCUGUGCAAACUGGCUCGGUUCCUCUUGAUGUUCUAUAAUGCAAUGCCUGCAGAUCAGCUUCUGGAGUUUUUCCAUAAAUCUAACGCACAAGAAAACGCCAUUAUCUUCCGUCCUUCUCUCUUCCAGCACAUUGGUGAAACAUCUUCAUUUCACAAUAUACAAACUCAGCUCAAAGAUCCAGAGUUUGAAGAAGAUUUUGGAGAUUUUGGAGAUUUCCCUCCUGCUUCAUGUUUCACAAACAUACCUAUAUUUUUAAAUUAUGUACCGGAUAAUGUAUGUCCCCCUGGAAAGGGUAUUUUCUGGGGCACUAAUGUAACAUCAGAGAGCUUCUUCACCAUUGUCUUUGCACGUCCAAUUGUUCCCCAAAAGAUUCAGAUUUUCACAGGGUCAGCUGAAUAUAACACAGACAUACUCUAUGAUGGUUACGUAGAACAAGGGAGAUUCAAAAUCAAUUCAGAAGUGCAUGUAACAUGUCUGACUUUCAAGCGACUUGGUGAUUUUAAGGGUGGGCUUUUUGAAAUGGAGGACACUGAUAACAAAGAUGAUAUUGAUUGCCUUCGAAUACAUGCCACAGCUCCACAAAAGCAAUGGCUGAGAAUAAGGAGAAUUAGUAUUUGGGUGAAGAAAGAUUAA